UUGGUGGUCCCAUGGGGGAAGCGGAGAAGUUUCACUAUGUCUACAGCUGUGACCUGGACAUCAACGUGCAGCUUAAAAUAGGAAGUUUGGAAGGGAAGAGAGAACAAAAGAGUUACAAAGCCGUCCUAGAAGACCCAAUGUUGAAGUUUUCAGGACUGUAUCAAGAAACAUGUUCAGACCUCUAUGUUACUUGCCAAGUUUUUGCAGAAGGAAAGCCUUUGGCUUUGCCAGUAAGAACCUCCUACAAGGCGUUUAGUACAAGAUGGAACUGGAAUGAAUGGCUAAAACUGCCUGUGAAAUACCCUGACCUGCCCAGGAAUGCCCAAGUGGCCCUGACAAUAUGGGAUGUGUAUGGACCAGGAAAAGCAGUGCCUGUGGGAGGGACAACAGUUUCACUGUUUGGAAAAUAUGGCAUGUUUCGCCAAGGGAUGCAUGACUUGAAAGUCUGGCCUAACGUAGAAGCAGAUGGAUCAGAACCCACCAAAACUCCUGGCAGAACAAGCAGUACUCUCUCAGAGGAUCAGAUGAGUCGCCUUGCCAAGCUCACCAAAGCUCAUCGACAAGGUCACAUGGUGAAAGUAGAUUGGCUGGACAGAUUGACAUUUAGAGAAAUAGAAAUGAUAAAUGAGAGUGAAAAACGAAGUUCUAAUUUCAUGUACUUGAUGGUUGAGUUUCGAUGUGUCAAGUGUGAUGAUAAGGAAUAUGGUAUUGUUUAUUAUGAAAAGGAUGGUGAUGAGUCAUCUCCAAUUUUAACAAGCUUUGAGAUAGUGAAAGUUCCUGACCCUCAGAUGUCUAUGGAGAAUUUAGUUGAGAGCAAACAUCACAAACUUGCCCGGAGUUUAAGAAGCGGACCUUCUGACCAUGAUCUCAAACCUAAUGCUGCCACAAGAGAUCAGCUAAAUAUUAUUGUGAGUUAUCCACCAACCAAGCAACUUACAUAUGAAGAACAAGAUCUUGUAUGGAAGUUUAGAUAUUAUCUUACUAAUCAAGAAAAAGCUUUGACAAAGUUCUUGAAAUGUGUUAAUUGGGAUCUACCUCAGGAGGCCAAACAAGCCCUGGAACUUCUAGGCAAGUGGAAGCCUAUGGAUGUAGAGGAUUCCUUGGAGCUGCUGUCCUCUCAUUACACGAAUCCAACAGUGAGGCGCUACGCUGUGGCCCGACUACGGCAGGCGGAUGAUGAGGAUUUGUUGAUGUACCUAUUACAGCUGGUCCAAGCUCUCAAAUAUGAAAACUUUGAUGACAUAAAAAAUGGAUUAGAACCUACCAAGAAGGAUAGUCAGGGUUCAGUGUCAGAGAGCGUGUCAAAUUCUGGAAUAAAUUCUGCAGAAAUAGAUAGCUCCCAAAUUAUAACCAGCUCUCUUCCUCCAGUGUCUUCCCCUCCUUCUGCAUCUAAAACAAAAGAAAGUUCAGAUGGUGAAAAUCUCGAGCAAGAUCUGUGUACCUUCUUGAUAUCAAGAGCCUGCAAAAACUCAACACUGGCUAACUAUUUAUACUGGUAUGUGAUAGUGGAAUGUGAAGAUCAAGAUACUCAGCAGAGAGACCCAAAGACCCAUGAAAUGUACUUGAAUGUUAUGAGACGGUUCAGCCAAGCAUUGUUGAAGGGUGAUAAGUCUGUCAGAGUUAUGCGUUCUCUGCUGGCUGCACAACAGACUUUUGUAGAUCGGCUGGUGCACCUAAUGAAGGCAGUGCAGCGUGAAAGUGGAAAUCGUAAGAAAAAGAAUGAGAGACUACAGGCAUUGCUUGGAGACAAUGAAAAGAUGAACUUGUCCGAUGUGGAACUCAUCCCACUGCCUUUAGAACCUCAGGUGAAAAUUAGAGGAAUAAUUCCAGAAACAGCUACAUUGUUUAAGAGUGCUCUUAUGCCUGCACAGUUAUUCUUUAAGACUGAAGAUGGAGGCAAAUAUCCAGUUAUAUUUAAGCAUGGGGAUGAUUUACGCCAAGAUCAACUUAUUCUCCAAAUCAUUUCACUCAUGGACAAGCUUCUACGAAAAGAAAAUCUGGAUUUGAAGUUGACGCCCUACAAAGUAUUAGCCACUAGUACAAAGCAUGGCUUCAUGCAGUUUAUCCAAUCAGUUCCUGUUGCUGAAGUUCUUGAUACAGAAGGAAGCAUUCAGAACUUUUUUAGAAAAUAUGCACCAAGUGAGAAUGGGCCAAAUGGAAUCAGUGCUGAAGUUAUGGACACUUAUGUUAAAAGCUGUGCUGGAUAUUGCGUGAUUACAUAUAUUCUUGGAGUAGGAGACAGGCACCUGGAUAACCUCUUGCUGACAAAAACAGGCAAACUCUUCCACAUAGACUUUGGAUAUAUUUUGGGUCGAGAUCCAAAGCCUCUUCCUCCUCCAAUGAAGCUGAAUAAAGAAAUGGUGGAAGGAAUGGGAGGCACACAGAGUGAACAGUAUCAAGAGUUCCGAAAACAAUGUUACACAGCUUUUCUCCACCUUCGAAGGUAUUCUAAUCUUAUUUUGAAUUUGUUUUCCUUGAUGGUGGAUGCAAACAUUCCAGAUAUUGCUCUUGAACCAGAUAAAACUGUAAAAAAGGUUCAGGAUAAAUUUCGUUUAGACCUGUCUGACGAAGAGGCAGUGCAUUACAUGCAGAGUCUGAUUGAUGAAAGUGUCCAUGCUCUCUUUGCUGCUGUGGUGGAACAGAUUCACAAGUUUGCCCAGUACUGGAGAAAAUGAAACUGGGUUUGGCCUAUCAAGAUGAUUGUCACCGUAAGAAAACAGCUUUAAAAGCAACAUGUGUGUAAUGAAGACUUAAGACUGUCAAACAAGGAAGAAAACAUUUAGUCCUGAAGAUACCAUAUAUCCUAAGUGUUUCACAGUGCCAGAAUUCUGUUUCCUUGUAUGUCAUUGCUUAAAUGCAAUCUUGAAUGGUUUGUUUGAAGUAUUGUAUAUAUUUA